AUGUAUUCACUGAUCAGUAGUAUUGAGUUUAAUGAGGUGCGGGAAACAAUAAAAGCAAAACAGAAGAAAUUAAAGAAAGAUGGUAAGGGCAACCUACCGCGAACAGCUGAGGCGGCUACAGAUGAGGAAAUCAAAAUUCUGUGGGAAUCGGGACAGUUUGGGUCCCACAGUCCUGAAGCCAUAAUAAAUACUAUGUGGUUUUAUAACACAGUACAUUUUGGUCUGAGGGGUAAUACCGAGCACCGUAACAUGGGAGAUGUGAGCCUAUGUACUGAUAGUAGCGGUCGUGAAUAUCUUGAGUUCUCUGAACGGCAAACUAAAACUCGGACUGGAGAAAAUCCAAGGGAUACCAGAAAAGUGAAGCCAAAGAUGUGGGACGUCCCUGUGAAUCCCAGAAGAUGUCCAGUUGCUAUUUUCAAAAAAUACCUCAGUGUACGGCCAGUUUGUUACUCAAAUAGUGACGACCCAUACUACAUCGCCACGCAUUCUCGUGGACUGCCCAGACCGGGUGAGCAGUGGUUCCCUCACCAGCCUAUCGGGAUUAAUAAAAUAGGUUCCCUGAUGAAAAAUAUGGCAACUGCAGCAAAUUUACCCCCAAACAAACGCCUCACAAAUCAUAGUGCCAGAAAGCAUCUCAUCCAGAAAUUAAGUGACCAAAAUAUACCACCGACACAAAUAAUGCAGAUCUCCGGUCAUCGUAACAUUCAGUCCGUCAAUGCCUACAGCACUAUAUCAGAAAACCAACACAGAGAAACAUCUGGCAUUUUAAAUAAUCAAAGUAGCCACCCCUAA